UCUGCCGAGCCAUCCACCACACCAUCUGCAGAACCGUCUAUCGCAUCAUCUGCAGAACCGUCUAUCGCAUCAUCUGCAGAACCGUCUAUCGCAUCGUCCUCCCUCCCGUCUCGUCCCAGCACGCCCAGCCAUGCGCAUGAAGACCAAGAUCACCAACCCCGCGCAGUUCGCCAGAAUGGCGAUGACGCUGGAAAAGAUCGCAAAGACGUGGAUCUUGCGCCUCACACCAAGCGACGUCUACUUUAUCGUAUCCCAAGCCGACGUCGACAGCGGCAUUCAAGUCUGGGGCUCGAUCAGCACGAGCUUCAUCUUUGCAGACUACCGGAUCGAAAGUGCCAACGAAAACCAGAUCUUUCUUCAACUCUCUGGCGAACAUCUCGUGCGGUCCCUCAAAUCUGCCCAGAAUGCCACCGAGAUCACCAUGAAGCUGGCAAAGAAGAACUCUCUCCCCGUGCUCUCGUUCCAGAUCGCCAACCAGAGUCGAACAGGAAAUUGCGUCUUGCUGGUUCAAGACAUCCCUGUGCGGGUGCUGACUCCGCCCGAGGCAGAAGAGCUGAAAGAGCCCCUCGUCCCUGAGCCGCACGUACACAUCAUGAUGCCGCCCCUCUCCAGCAUCCGGACGAUCGCCGAAAGAAUGAAGUCCAUGUCCAACUACAUCACCAUCUCGGCCAACAUGCGCGGUGAAUUUGUGCUCAAGAUCGACACCGACUCGGUCGAGGUCGAGACCUCCUACCGGAACUUGAUCAACCCCGAGUUUGAUCCAUCUCAGGUCGACUCGUCUCAGCAGCCGAGCGCAAACCGAGACCCAACCCUCUUUGCCGACGCUCGAGUCGAUGCCCGCGACUUUGUCAAAUUUGUGCAAAGCUAUGUGGUCAAUCCCACAAAUGUAGUAUGCUGCAUCAUCGAAAACAGGGGCCUGGUGUUUUACGUUUACGUCGGCGGCCCCAACGAGAGCCAAUGCGGCAAUCUGACCUACUACAUCCCCGUGCGCUCUCUGUGAUAGCCCCGUUUCCUAUCGAGCCCUCUCCCGUGUCCUGUGCGCUAGUGCCCUUGCGAGCCUGCAUCCCUUUUCAAUGGCGGGAGCCACGGGCACUGGACCGCAUCGAGCCGAUCACAUCGAGCGCGCCGCGCCUGCGGUGCUGUUUCUGUUUUCUUUGGCCUCUUGCCC